AUGGCUGCCCCUCCAGGCGUCGUAUCACACGAGUCAAUAAAGCCGCUAUUGCUCGAGGCUCUCGAUAACAUAGAGCCCCAAAACGCUACCGAUCAAUCUGGCACGGGCCCUCCCUCGGAGGAAGACCAGAAUGCUGCCAUCGUCAACCUCCUGAAGGCUUGGCUUUCGGUGGCGGAGGCUCCCUCUUUGCAAUCACGGGCUUUUCACUAUGUGCUGGCGGAUGAGCCCUUGGAUGGCCCCCUGUCUCUGAGUUUACUUCAAGGACGAGCACAAACAAUUACCAGGAGAAUGAUGAGCAUCUGCGAGGACCUUGAGGUGGAUCUCUUUCUCGCGACUCUGGUAAAAGAAACCAGGCGUGAUUCCGAGGACGACCCAAACGAUCCCUACGGCAGUUAUGGCCGCGGCUACUAUGAUGAAGAUGAAGAUGAAGAUGAAGACAAUGACGAGGAGCAAUCGGAGGAAGAGCCGCAUCCGAAGCUCGGGAGCCCUGACAAGGAUGAAGCAGAAGAUGCUGACUAUGAUCUGGAGCGGGUCUUCGACAUCGUCUCUGGCAACCAUCUUGUAACAGACACAAAGACUUCUGAAGGAGAGAUUCUGCAGAAUGUUGAUACUUGUUUUGAAGGCGAGCCUGAUGAAGUCCUAGAAGACGAGUAUGUUUACAUGGGUGAGUCAACCGUUACGAGUUAUCACCGACGUCCUGUUUUGGUCAUAGUCCCUGCCAAAACAACGUUUGAUUACCUGUGGUCAUCUACCGGUGGCGGUCAUGGCGCCAACCGGGUGGACAAGUCUACUAAACUUCUGGAGUGGUACACAAUGAAUUGUCUUUCACCUUCGGCAAAACCAUGGCACCUUGCGGCGUUCAAGAGGGCCCUUCAUGAGGCUUUGUGCAGAUGGACGGAAAGGGUGUGUGAUGAUCUUGCCAUGCAAGUGUUCCAAGUUAUUAUGAUUCACCGCCUUGAGGAUUUACGCCAUCGUGUCAUCACAAACAGCUCAGUGCGAAAACCUGCCUCAUUCUUCAUAUGGGCUGCGAACAAUAUCGACCAAGAGCAAAUGCAAUGGUCUAGAUUUCACGGCCAACAAUACGAGAUCUUGACAGAACUGAGCACAGCAAGUCAUAUAAAUGAAGAAUUAGAGUCUAUCAUUACCUCUUCAGUUUAUGAGAUUUUCCAUCAUCUUGAAGCCGAGACCAGAGGAGGUAAAGAAGAGGGGAAGACGUAUUACGAAAUGGCAUUGUUUUAUAAAGACUUGGGCUUCAUUAAGAACAAGCUUGUGACAAAUCCAGAGAAAUACGCAUACAGCACAGCCUUUAUGUUGGAAUUCCUUAGAUCACUCCGCCGGGGUAUCAAGCGCACAGAAGUUCCGCGAGCCGAGGCCUUGGACAUCUAUCAGGCUCUGGCCGAUAGGACUAUCCUAUCAAUGAAUCUGUCGACCAUGAGCGCUGGUCCGACGAAAUCCAAGAAGAGUACUCAGGGAGGAAACGCUUCAGAAUUCUCCGAAACCAAUGAAUACGUGGAUCCAGGAAUGCUCAGUGCUUUUAUUGACAGCUUGAACGAGUACAAAUUUGGGGGACUAUUGAGCAACUUGUUGGCCUUGUUUGUCAGGGACACAGCUGCCAUCCCGUCCCAGGAGUACGAUCAACUGUACAUUCCUGUACUACACGGCCUGAUCAGUUCAUUCGAAAAGCACAAAGUCCCCUUGGCGCAACCCGCUGUACAAGCAGCAUUCAAGUCUAUCCUGGGGGGCUACAUUUUGAAAUAUGUUGGCCAGGAGCCACGCAUAAUCAACUGGACGCGUGACUUGACAAAGUGCACUUGUUACGAUUGCAGGAGCUUGAAUGCAUUUUUGGGCAAUCCAAGCAGAGAGCGCGGCUAUUUCCCGCUCGCCCAAAAUCGCCGGGAUCACCUCACCGACAUGCUACGUAGUAGUAAAAUCAACUGCGACCUCGAAGUAAGCCGCUCGGGCUCACCGCAUACCUUGAUUGUGACGAAGAAGGUCAAGCAUAAAAGAGAGUCUACAGAUUACUGGAUCAAAUUACGGCUGAGGGCCGAGGAUAAAAUCUCGACUUUUGAUCAAGAGAUACUCAAGCUUCUCCUCGAGGAUCAGUACGAUGAGAUUACCACCAUGAGGAAGCUGACACCAAUCCAAUCUCAGACUCCUGCGGCCUAUACCAGUACAUAUUCUCAAUCUCUUUCUCACCUAUCCAGCCCCUCUGCCGGCUUGCAGACUCAUGCUCAGGGUAAUGGCAGCCCUCAUGCCACCUCCCCGUCUCUCUAUGAGUGGCGUCCAAGGGGCGUAACACGUCAUGGUCAGAUCAAGGACUAUCUGGUUCCAACGACCCCAGGGGCCCCAAUGACCCCAACGGCCCCGAAGCCAACAGUAUACCCCGUCUUCGCGUUCAAGUCGGCGCCUCAGCGCCGAGAAGCGCUGGCACCAAGGUCGGGCAACGAAAGCGACCAGCAAAAACUGGCGCGGCUGCAGGACGAGAUUGCCCGAGCUGGGUGCAUCCCGACCCCGUCGGAGAAGAGAGCCUCUGCUGCCAAGGCCAAUUCUAGAUAUAAUACGCCUCAGCGCCCAUCGGCAUCCCAGCCCUCUUGGUCAUCUCAGAAGACGCCGUCUACGGUGGGUUCCACGGCUGGUGUCAAGCGCAAGGCCGAGUUCGUCGACCUGACUUUGGACAGCGACUAG